UGCUGCUGAUGAACAGCAUGUUUCUUGUCUGGACUCUCAGCUUUCUGAUCCUCAGCUACACUCUUGGGUUUCCCAUGUUUAAUGGCACAAGUGUAUCUCACAUGGAGACUUUUCCAAAUGUUACAGAGAGCAACUCCACAGAUUAUAUUAAGACCAAUCUGACAAACAGGAUUCGAAAAAGGCCUUCAGCCCGAAGGCUUUGUCUUCUGUCCACUUGUUCCUUGUGGAACCUGGGGUCAAUGCUACAGGCUGGAAAUGAGAUUGCUGGGGACGUGACCGGUGAUCCAAUGGGAAUUGGCAAGAAAUGAAGCAUGUUCCUGAAUGAUGGAAGAUCCA